UGAAGUGCUUUCCGCCUAGUGAGGGUCCCAGGAUGUCUAGCUUCUGAUACUAAGGAGCCCUUUCAGAUCCAGGGACUGAAGGGUUAUUACUGUGGUGCUAGAGCUAUGCAGCUGGAGCAUUGUCUUUCUCCCUCUAUCAUGCUCUCCAAGAAAUUUCUCAAUGUGAGCAGCAGUUACCCACAUGCAGGCGGAUCUGAGCUUGCCUUGCAUGAUCAUCCCAUUAUCUCGACCACUGACAACCUGGAGAGAAGUUCACCUUUGAAAAAAAUUACCAGGGGGAUGACGAAUCAGUCAGAUACAGACAAUUUUCCUGACUCCAAGGACACACCAGGGGACGUCCAGAGAAAUAAACUCUCUCCCGUCUUGGACGGGGUCUCUGAGCUUCGUCACAGUUUCGAUGGAUCUGCUGCAGAUCGCUAUCUGCUCUCUCAGUCCAGCCAGCCCCAGUCUGCUGCCUCUGCUCCUAGUACCAUGUUCCCUUAUCCCAGCCAGCAUGGACCUGCUCACCCAGCCUUCUCCAUCGCCAGCCCCAGCCGCUACAUGGCUCACCAUCCUGUGAUCACCAACGGAGCUUAUAACAGCCUCCUGUCCAACUCUUCUCCGCAAGGCUACCCCACGGCGGGCUACCCGUACCCCCAGCAGUAUGGCCAUUCCUACCAAGGGGCACCUUUCUACCAGUUCUCCUCCACCCAGCCGGGGCUGGUUCCUGGCAAGGCUCAGGUCUACCUGUGCAACAGGCCACUCUGGCUGAAAUUUCACCGGCACCAGACGGAGAUGAUCAUCACGAAGCAGGGAAGGCGCAUGUUCCCUUUCCUAAGCUUUAAUAUUUCUGGUCUCGACCCCACGGCUCACUACAAUAUUUUUGUGGAUGUAAUUUUGGCGGAUCCCAACCACUGGAGAUUUCAGGGAGGCAAAUGGGUUCCUUGCGGCAAGGCGGACACCAAUGUACAAGGAAACCGGGUUUACAUGCACCCCGACUCCCCCAACACGGGAGCUCACUGGAUGCGCCAGGAAAUCUCCUUUGGGAAACUAAAACUUACAAACAAUAAAGGAGCAUCAAACAACAACGGACAGAUGGUGGUUUUGCAGUCCCUCCACAAGUACCAGCCCCGCUUGCAUGUGGUGGAGGUGAACGAAGAUGGGACAGAGGAUACCAACCAGCCGGGCAGAGUGCAGACCUUCACCUUCCCUGAGACCCAGUUCAUAGCAGUCACCGCCUACCAAAACACCGAUAUCACACAGCUGAAAAUAGAUCACAACCCUUUCGCAAAAGGAUUCCGAGACAAUUAUGACACGAUCUACACGGGCUGCGACAUGGACCGGCUGACGCCUUCCCCCAACGACUCGCCCCGCUCGCAGAUCGUGCCCGGGGCCCGCUACGCCAUGGCCGGCUCCUUCCUCCAGGACCAGUUCGUGAGUAACUACGCCAAGUCCCGCUUCCACCCCGGGGCAGGAGCCGGCCCGGGGCCCGGCGCCGACCGCAGCGUGCCCCACACCAACGGGCUGCUCUCCCCACAGCAAGCCGAGGACCCGGGGGCCCCCUCGCCGCAGCGCUGGUUCGUCGCCCCCGCCAACAACCGCCUCGACUUCGCCGCCUCCGCCUACGACACGGCCACCGACUUCGCCGGCAACGCGGCCACGCUGCUGUCCUACGCGGCCGCAGGAGUCAAGGCGCUGCCGCUGCAGGCGGCCGGCUGCGCCGGGCGGCCGCUGGGCUACUAUGCCGACCCCUCGGGCUGGGGGGCCCGCAGCCCCCCGCAGUACUGCAGCAAGUCGGGCUCCGUGCUCUCCUGCUGGCCCAACAGCGCGGCGGCGGCGCGCAUGGCCGCCGGCAAUCCCUACCUGGGGGAGGAGGCGGAGAGCCUGGCCCCCGAGCGGUCCCCUUUGCCGGGCGCCGAGGACUCCAAGCCCAAAGAUUUGUCCGACUCCAGCUGGAUCGAGACGCCGUCGUCCAUUAAAUCCAUCGACUCCUCUGAUUCUGGGAUUUACGAGCAGGCCAAAAGGAGGCGGAUCUCCCCCUCGGACACCCCGGUGUCCGAGAGCUCCUCGCCCCUCAAGAGCGAGGUGCUUACCCAGCGGGACUGCGAAAAGACCUGCGCCAAGGACAUCGGCUACUACGGCUUCUACUCGCACAGCUAGGCGCGGCCGCUGGCCCGCCGUCCUUUUGCACAAUAACUCCUCCGCGUUAGCGCACUGACCCCCGCCCCUGAUGCCCCAUCCGUGCCCCGGCCCGGCCCGGCCCGGCCCGGCCCGGCAGGGAGGCAGGCAGGCAGGCUGA